CCAAUCUCCUAACCAAACACUUCUCUCCAGCAAGCAUCCCACCCAGUGAUCAAAGAGGAGAGAGGACUCAAAGGGUAAGAUGCUGAGUGCGUCCACCCCGACCCAGACGCUCCCCAGCGGAGAGGACAGUUCUGGUUCUGACAGGGGGUCAGAGGUCAGUGUUGGAGCUCCAGCCACAGAGACAGACCGCUUCGGCUUCAUCCUGGGGAAUGGAUCCACUGCUGGGAGUGAAGGCCCGCCCCCUGAGCUCGUUAGACAGAGAGAGACCAAGUGGAUCAACAUCAUCAGCCAAUGGGAUCGUGUCUUACUAAAAAAGUCCAGCAAGGUCAAAGAACAGUGUCAGAAAGGCAUCCCAGCAUCCCUCAGGGCUAAAUGUUGGCCACUGCUGUGUGGCGCCACAGACAGAAUGCGCCACAACAAGGACCUCUAUCAGACUCUGGACUCCAGGCCCGCCCUACAGAGCUGGGUGGACGUUAUAGAGAGAGACUUAGACCGCCAGUUCCCUUUCCAUGAGAUGUUCCUCUCCAGAGACGGCCAUGGACAGCGUGGUCUGUUCCGGGUGCUGAAGGCCUUUACUCAGCUGAAGCCUGAGGAGGGCUACUGCCAGGCCCAGGGACCUGUAGCAGCUGUACUGCUGAUGAACAUGCCUACUGAGGAGGCAUUCUGGUGCCUGGUGCAAAUCAGUGAACAGUACCUCCCUGGCUACUACAGUCCCCUUCUGGAGGGGGUUCUCUUUGACGCAGCCAUGCUGACCAGGGUGCUGAAGAGGACGUGUCCCGCGGCUCACAAGCACCUGCAGAGACACGGCGUGGAGCCUCUGAUGUUCGCCACCGAUUGGUUGAUGUGCCUGUUUACACGCCACCUACCUUUUAACACCCUGCUCAGGGUCUGGGACCUGUUCUUCUGCUACGGAGUGCGUGUGUUGUUCCAGGUGGCGGUGGUGUUGGUGCGCAGGGCUCUGGGCCGGGUGGAGCAGAGGGAGGCUUGCGAUGGCCAGAUGGAGACUCUGGAGAGGCUGAGGGGUGUGAGGGAGCAGGUGCAGAAGGAGGACGACACCUUCAUUGCAGAGGUGUGUUCUGUCCCCCUGUCGAGUAAGGAUCUGGAGAGGCAGACAGAGAGAGAGCUGGAGAAGUGGAGAAUGGAACGGCCCGCCUCCACCUUUGAUCCCCGGGGUCGUUGCCAUGGAUAUCGGAUGGCGUGGGCGAGGGCUCAAGAGAUGGAGGAGGAGAGGAACAGGAAGAAGAGGGAGAAAGGUAACCUGUCCCUUCCUCCGAUUUCCUCGCACUCCCUCCUCUCUCUCUCUCCCUCACUCCUCCGCAAUAGGAAGAAAGGGAGCAAGACAGACACAGGAGAGUGCGAGGGAGGGAAUCUGAGGAGAGGAAGUGAGAUGGAUGGUAGUCUAGUGAGGGCUCAGGGUGUUCCACCUCCAGCUACAGAGGAUAGGGCCCCAGUGGAAACGAGAGAACCGUUAGAACACAAAGAACCACUAGGACAGGAGGACAGAAGCCAGAAAACCCAGCUGACCCCAGAUUCAGACGGAGAACCGUCCCAGCAGCGUCAGCUCACCUCUGACCACAGCGUCACCUCACAGGGUCAAGGAGAGGAGCAGGGGGGUUUCAGCCAGACCCAUGCCUCUGAGCAGUACAGCGACAGCCAGACACAGGAAACUAACCACAGUAAAGGCACCAUGCAAACACAGGAAGUACUGAACAAACAGUCAACAGCGAGUGCAAAUAUCAUCACAGAGCACAUAGUGACAGAGACGAAGGGUGAGGCAGAGAAAAGCAAGGAUACAGAGACACAUGCAGAAGCAAAUACAGAGGAGGAAACUGCUCCACACACAGACACAGAACUGAAGACAUACACUGAAGCAAAGACAGAGGAAACAGCUCCACACACAGACACAGAACUGAAGGCAUACACUGAAGCAAAGACAGAGGAAACAGCUCCACACACAGGCAAAGAACUGAAGACAUACACUGAAGCAAAGACAGAGGAGGAAACAGCUCCACACACAGACACAGAACUGAAGACAUACACUGAAGCAAAGACAGAGGAGGAAACAGCUCCACACACAGACACAGAACCGAAGACAUACACUGAAGUAAAGACACAGGAUGAAACAGUGCCAGAGACCCACACAUAUGCAGAGACCCAGAUACACGCAGAAGCCAAAACAGAGGAGGAAAUGGAGGCAGAGGUACAGAAAGGACUACAUACAGAUAAAAGUGUAGGGACCGAGACAGACAUGGGGUCAAAAACAGAGACUCAAACAGAUGUGAAUACAGACAUGGAGACAGACACACAACAAGAGGCAGAUGUAAACUUAGAGGCAGAAACAGACAUGGGUUCACUGACAGAGACAGAGAGAGACAAAGACACUGACACAGAGACACACACCGACAAGGAGAUAGAGGCACGUACCGAGAUACAGUCACAAAAAGGGACAGAGACACACACAGAUGAAAAAUCUGAGGCAGAGAGAGAAACAGAGGUAGAGGCACAUACAGAAACAGAGACACAGGGAGAAAAUGAGUCAGCAAUGCACAUAGAGGCAGACACAAGAGUAGAUGCAGAAACAGACUUGGGGUCACAGGUGGAGGCAGAAACACAGACAGAAUCAGAGAUAGAGGUGCCUGUAUACACAGGGGUCGAGACGGGCACAGACGAAGCCACUGAGACAAACACAGGGAUAGAGACGGCCAUGGAGUCUCCAAAUGAAAUUCAGAGACAAACAGAGACAGCAAAGAUAGAGGUACAGUACACAGAGCCCUCUAGGAUAACACCAGCCAAUCAGAGCCAGGUUUCUCCAGAGUUGACCUCCACUACUGAGCCUGAGGGGGAGAGGGACUCAUCAGGCCAAACAGGCCAAGACCAGAAGCUACCUGAAGAACCCCAGAAUCCAGUCAGAAUCCAUCCAGAGGAGAAUCAGGAGACCCAGAACGUCAGAGAGAGUGAAGGAGAGAAAGAGGAGGAAGUAUUCACACUUCCCUCUCAGGAAGACUCAACUGAAAUCCUUCCAUCAUUACAUCAGGGGGAAUCACUGAAAGCUGACUUCCCUCCCAUACCUGGCAACCCAAAGUCACAAAGUCAGAGUGAGAAGAGUGAGUCUCCCCCUCCUACAGACUCAAAGGCAGGCUCUGGCAACUCAGUGUCCACACACGCUGAUGUCUCGUCCGAAAGGACCACGCCCCGUGAUGGACCGUGGGCAAACCCUUCCGGAGACUUCCGGCUCUGCAAGUCCUCCAGCUCCCGGAGGCUCACCCGCAGGCUCUCUGAGGAUCUCUUCACUAACCCCAACCAAUCACAACCCACCUUCACACACUCCAAUCAAUCAAAUACAAGUUUAAUUCAGUCCAAUCAACCACAGCCCACACCUCCCAUUCAUGUACCAAAGCACACAGAAUCACCCCAACGAGUGACAGGGAGCACCCCGGCCACUGUCCCACCUCAGACUGGGCCCACACCAGACAGAGGGCCGACCGACACCCCCAGGCGAUUUGGUCUCUUCCGCAGGCACAAAGAUCCCGUCCCCAAAAUCCUGAUCCAGGACUUCAGUGAUGGGACGGGUGAGGGGCGCACGGUCAAGGGGAAGGAAGAGGAGGAGAAGCUGAGCUCCAGAGAGAGGAGGAGGAGACGGAGGGAGCAGGAGAGGAGGGAGAAA